AUGGGAGUCUGCAUCUGUGUGCCAGGAUACAAAGGAGAAAUAUGCGAGGAAGAGGACUGCUUGGACCCAAUGUGUUCCAGCCAUGGCAUCUGUGUAAAAGGAGAAUGUCAUUGUUCUACUGGCUGGGGAGGAGUAAACUGUGAAACUCCACUUCCUAUAUGUCAAGAGCAGUGCUCAGGACAUGGGACUUUUCUUCUGGACACUGGAGUAUGCAGCUGUGAUCCCAAGUGGACAGGAUCUGACUGCUCAACAGAGCUCUGUACCAUGGAGUGUGGUAGCCAUGGAGUCUGCUCAAGGGGAAUUUGCCAAUGUGAAGAAGGCUGGGUGGGACCAACAUGUGAGGAACGCUCCUGUCAUUCUCACUGUGCUGAGCAUGGCCAGUGCAAAGAUGGAAAAUGUGAGUGUAGCCCUGGAUGGGAGGGCGACCACUGCACUAUUGCUCACUACUUAGAUGCUGUCCGAGAUGGCUGUCCAGGGCUCUGCUUUGGAAAUGGACGAUGUACCCUGGAUCAAAAUGGUUGGCACUGUGUCUGCCAGGUGGGUUGGAGUGGGACAGGCUGCAAUGUUGUCAUGGAAAUGCUUUGUGGAGAUAACUUGGACAACGAUGGAGAUGGUUUGACUGAUUGUGUGGACCCUGAUUGUUGUCAACAAAGCAACUGUUAUGUAAGUCCUCUUUGUCAGGGCUCACCAGAUCCUCUUGACCUCAUUCAGCAAAGCCAACCUCUCUUCUCUCAGCAUACUUCAAGACUUUUCUAUGAUCGAAUCAAAUUCCUCAUUGGCAAGGACAGUACUCAUGUCAUUUCUCCAGAGAUUUCAUUCGACAGCAGGCGUGCCUGUGUGAUUCGAGGCCAAGUGGUAGCCGUAGAUGGAACCCCUCUAGUGGGAGUGAAUGUAAGUUUCUUGCACCACAGUGAUUAUGGGUUUACCAUCAGCCGGCAAGAUGGAAGCUUUGACCUCGUAGCCAUGGGUGGUAUCUCUGUCAUCCUAAUCUUUGACCGAUCACCUUUCCUGCCUGAGAAGAGGACACUCUGGUUGCCUUGGAAUCAGUUUAUUGUGGUGGAGAAAGUAAUCAUGCAAAGAAUUGUAUCAGACCCACCAUCCUGCGAUAUCUCCAACUUUAUCAGCCCAAACCCUAUUGUGCUUCCUUCACCACUCACAUCUUUUGGAGGAUCCUGUCCAGAGAGAGGGACUAUUGUUCCUGAGCUGCAGGUUGUGCAGGAGGAAAUCCCCAUUCCUUCUAGCUUUGUGAGGCUAAGUUACCUGAGCAGCCGCACCCCCGGGUAUCAAACCUUGUUAAGGAUCCUUCUGACGCAUUCAACAAUUCCCAUGGGGAUGGUAAAAGUACACCUUACAGUAGCUGUGGAAGGGCGACUCACACAAAAGUGGUUUCCUGCUGCAAUUAAUCUCGUCUACACAUUUGCCUGGAAUAAGACCGACAUCUAUGGACAGAAAGUUUGGGGCCUGGCAGAGGCUUUAG